GCAGCCUUGUGACCUGGUGACCUCCCGUCUUCACUUGGUACCGCGUCUUCGUGGUCCAGUCGACGGGAUCCUGCGAAACGUGCCGGUGGUGCCGCCUCCGAUUCUGAACAAUACGCGCUUAGCUGUGUUUCGCGUUGCAUGCCGGACUGCCGUUGCAAUUUUGCCAAAAUGUGGACUGUACUCGUUGGAGUGUUUGCUUUUUCGACUGUCUUAUAUGCACAGACUGCAAAAAGUACAUUUUCUUGUGAAGGACGUACGUCGGGAUACUAUGCAGAUGUUGGCACUGGCUGUCAGGUUUACCACAUGUGUGAUGGACUUGGACGGCAAUUCAGCUACACGUGUCCGAACGCUACACUCUUCCAACAAAGAAUGUUGAUUUGCGACCACUGGUAUAUGGUAAACUGUAGUAAAUCAGAGGAAGACUACAGUGCAAAUUUACUAAUUGGACAAAGAGAGAAACCCUUUGUUGACGAUAAAGAUGACAACCCAUAUUAUAGAACUCCUCGACCAGAUUUACUCUCUCAUCCAACAGCAUCCGAAGCAAAUAUCAUUUACAGAAUAGGAAGAACUAGUCCCAGCAAUAACAUCGUAGGUGCAGAAGUAGAAAAUGAGACUUCUACUAAUGAACCUUCAUACUUCCUUCCAAGUCACUGGUCCACAGAGUACUCAAAAGAUGCAGUUACACAAAACCCAAACCCUCAAGUACCGCAAUACAAACCCAAUGAAGGAAUCGUUAGAACCAACUACGACAAUUCCAAAAAAGUCCCAGUAAAAAGUAAAGCUAAGGCUAUUCAAGUCAAUAACAAAAACAAUCUUAACAACAUUGAUAUUAAAGUUAAGACUAAUGUUUUCCAAACAAAUUAUCAACCAAUUGAAAAUUCGAAAGAUUUCCCAGUUAACUUCAAAUCAAACUUUAAAGCUACAACUCCAGUAUAUCCCAAAACAGUGGACAUUGUGUCCGAAGCACCAGACGAAGCGGGAUUAGUCCCGCCUAUUCCAUAUGCUCAGCAGGAGAAGUCCAAAGAAGAUGUUAAGGCCUCUACAAAAAAUAUUGUAGUUAACUACAAAUCCAACUUCAAAGCAACCACUCCGGUGUACCCUACAUCCGUUGAAGCUACCUCGCCCAAUCCAGACAACGUAGGUUUAGUACCGCCUCAGGAAAAAUCAGAGAGUCAAAAUGUUCCCAGUCUAGAUCUUGACAUUGUACCCCCAGCUUACGACGACAGCUACUUAAAAGAAAAUAGAACAUUCACUCCCGAAACACCAUCGAAAUUUUAUCAGCCACCACGUUUCUUACCCGAUUUUACCGAACCUCUAACAGAAAAGCCGAAACUUGAAGACAACUUGGUUAAAACCGAAGACAUAUUUAGACAAAUGAGUUCAGACCAGUGGUCUCAGAUCAGAAAGAGUUGGCUCAUUCCCGAUUACGAGUUUCCUUUGGAUGCUGCGACGAGACCGAGUUAUGAUGCGAAAAUCAGUUCAUUCGAUGCGAAAAGAGGAAAGAAGUGAUUGGAUUAAACUACUAUAGGGUUUAAAUGUAUUUUUAAUUGGUCAUAAUUUAUUAGAAAAAAGUAUAUUUUAGAGCGUAUAGACAGAUGGAAAUUUUGUAUGAAUCUGUCGGUACGCUGUAUACAUAUUCCUGGUGUUUAAAGAUUUAUGAUCAUGCAAAUUGUGUCAUAUUUAUAGAUUUUUUUGAUGACUAUAUUAGUUUUUUAUUUUUUCGUAUUUCUUUAAAGUAUCACGUACUUGUAUUUACCAAUAUACUUUUUUCUACAUGUUGUUCUCCACUAUUUUUGAUGUUUUUAAUACUUUACUUUUAAAUACCUACCCGAAAUAUACGAAUAAUCUUUUUGAAACCUGACACACCAAAGGCUUUACUAGGUUGGUCACUGCCCUAUCAAGGAUUACUCCUUUUAGAGUUCAGUAUAAUUAGACUAGUCAAGAAGUAUGAUAUAGAAUUUUCUUUUUAAUAAUUACUGUAUAUACACACUGUAAUGAAAUAUUUAUUGUAUUUGAUACUCAUGAAAACAAUAACUAAGAAAAAACAAUAAAACUAUAAAAUAUCA